AUGGAAGUAAAUAUUCUCGCAUUUAUUGCUACUGCACUGUUCAUUCUAGUUCCUACUGCUUUUUUACUUAUAAUAUACGUAAAAACAGUCAGCCAAAAUGAUUCAUUUGAAUGA